UCGUCCCCGUAUCUCUUUCAUUCUUUCUUACUCAACACUCCUCUCCUCCUCCUCCUCCUCCUACUUACAAAAGGGCUCGGCCCCUUGUCAACCCAGAGCUAGCUAGGGAAGACCAAGCACAACAAUCUCACUGAAUCCAGGAACAGCAGCAGCAGCAGACUCUACACACCCAUACAUGUCGUUGGAGGAUCCACGGAGCGCCAUGGAGGGGAGGGCGAGGCGGCGCGCCAGCCCGUCCGGGAUGCGCACCAAGGCACUCAGGGUGGAGCCGGAGCCACAACCGGCCAGGAGGCACGAGCUGGGGACAAGAGUGGCGGUGGUGUACUACCUGUGCCGGAAUCAUCAACUCGAGCACCCGCACUUCAUGGAGGUCCAACUCGCCUCCCCACAAGGCCUCUACCUCCGAGAUGUGAUUGGCCGGCUGGACGCCCUGAGACGGAAGGGCAUGGCUGCCAAGUAUUCCUGGUCCUGCAAGAGGAGCUACAAGACUGGGUUCGUGUGGCACGACCUGUCUGCGGAUGAUCUGCUGCUGCCCACGCAAGGAACAGAGUACGUUCUCAAGGGCUCCGAGCUCCCAUUCGACCACUCAGAGCCUCUGCCAGUGCCAGAUCAUCAGCAGAAUAAUGCAGCAUGUGCAGACAAUGCAAAGGUUCAGCCCUGCAAGCCGGCUCGACAACAAGACUCGCCUCCUUCUCCUGGAUCAUCAAACCAAGGCUGGACUUCCAAGUCUCCAUCUCCUACUCCUACAACUUACCCUGCUGUUCCAGUCAUCAAAGAGGAAGUACCGCCGCCGCCACCAACAACAACUCGUGCUGCUGUCGUUCCAACCAUGAAAGAGGUCGCGGUGCCACCGCCGCUUCCCCGGCCGGACUCGCCGUCAACACCAUCUGCCUCCACCAUUGGGGACGACGAGCAAUGCAGAAUACCACCACAUUCAGGCUCGUCGAGCAACUCGUCCCCCAAGGCAAGCAUGGCUUCCUCAGACACAAGCUCACCCAGCCCCCCCAAACCAGCAGCGGCAGGGAGCGACGCGGCCACACAAACAGAUGAUAAAGCGAGGUGGGACGACGUGAAGCUGCAACACAGACAGGACACAGCAAGAGCAUCAUCAUCGCCGGAAGGGCCGGAGAUUGUCGUAGAUGAGGAAGUAUCCCGUUGCACCCGUGCGCCGGCAGGGGAGAACCAGCCUCGCAGCAGGAGGAGCGGGACCCUGCAGUCCCUCAUCCGGGCGGAGGCGGCCGGCAGGAGGAGGUGCCUUCCUCUGCCGGUGGAGGACGACAGGGCUGCCGCUGCUGCUGCUGCCACGGGCGGCUCCGUCAGUGGCAGGCUGAAGCCGGCCAACCUGCUGAUGCGCCUCAUGGCCUGCGGGCCGAGCCACCCCGGCGGCUUCGGCUUGAUGCAGACGUCGUCCUACAAGCCGUGUUUCCCGCAGCUCGAGUACCCGUUGUCUCCGGAGCUGUGUCCUCUCGGCGCGCUCAAGCCUGCAGAAAAUUGCAGUGGCCGCCUGCUCGACGGUGCACUUAAACGCUCUUCUUCUUCGUCGCGCAGUCACCAGGAAGGAGUUAUUUGCGAAGAAGAAGAAGAAGCGUGGCCGAAAGGGUUUAACAGCAACCUGUCGAGAAGCGCAAGCAAGAGGACGAGCGAGCCGUCGUCGGGAAGGACGGCCUCUUGUUCAAAGGUGGUGUCGUUCCGGGACGAAUAGGCGACGAAGAUGGAAGAAAUUAAGGUAAUGAAUUGCUUCAAGAAACUCAGCAGUACGUCUGUUUCGGAUUGGAACUGGGCACAGCUCUUCUUCUUCUUCCUCUUCUUUUCUUUUCUUGUUUGGCUGUGAAUUUAGUGCGGAUCGGAGGUAAUAAACAGCACAAGAUGUUGUCGACUCCCUCCGUUCCUGAUUCUUGUCGUUGUUUGAAUUAAAACCACCACGACAAGAAUUAUGGAACGGAGGGAGUACCUAGCUAUAUAUGUUGGCAGUUGGUUGUUACAGAAUGUGGCAGGUAGUACUACUAGGUAUAUAUGUUGGUAGUAACUUGAUGUGAAAAUAAUAAUGAAAAUGUUGUUGUUGUUGU